CAACAACCAAAUCUAUUAUCAAAAUGAAAUUAUUUUAGUUGGCGUCUUAAAAUGGCGGCCACGGAAGUACAAGUUGCAAAUGAAUCAAAUAUAUCUAAAAUAGAAAGUUUUUUACAUGAUCCAAGCUACAAAGAAAUUAUUGAAAACUCUUCAACAUUCAACUCGAGAUUAUGUGCGGAAAGGAGAAUGCGUAUGCCAUUCAUAGAUACACAAACUGGAGUCGCUCAAAGUCAUUCAAAUUUAUUUAUGACACGAAAGCAACGGAUGCCUGGAGCCCGAGAGGGUCAAGUAUACACAUAUCCAGCACAAAGAUGGCGGAAAACGCGUCGGCAGUAUUUGACAAUGUCAUCAACAAGGUGGGGAUGGAAUACAGCAGAUAGUGCUGAGAAUGUUGGUGAGGGUGAGAACAGCUCGGGCAUACCUGAUGGUCUCAUGGGUGAGGACAGUCGAGAUGGUUCACAGACAGCUGCUAAGGAUGAUCCAAAGGAAUGGUUUUAUGAUGAACUGGCGAUAGAGGAGAUGGAAACUGGCGAGGAACCGGACCCGGAGUCCGACGAGGAUUACUAUGACGACACAUACGCCAACAGACGCAAAAGGAGAGGCGGUGUGACUCCCAGUGGACCUGGCUCAAGGGGAGGUCGAACGAGGAAGUCACAACCUGACGACACACCGGCCAAGCGCGGCCGAGCGGGCCGCGGUCGAAAGCGCGCCGGUCAGGGUACCUUGCCCUACGAAGUCCCCGGCGACGCGGAGAAGCCCUACGGCUGCGAACUGUGCGGCGCCAAGUACAAGACGCGGCCGGGUCUGACGUAUCACUUCACGCACACACACAAGGACCCCGCAACGGGGGGCGUGGCCGGAAGCGGCGUAGCGGGGGCGGCGGCCGGUAGUGAUAACGACUCGCGCGACAGUCGGCCGGCGCACUCGCCCGCGCCCUCGCAGCCCGCUACCGAGUACCAGGACAGCUACGUCACGUUCCUCAACAACCCGGCGGGCAGCGGCACAGCUUCAGGUACAGCCACGUCGACUCCCCAGCGGCGGCCGACCCCUCCGCCGCGGCCCGCGUCCGCCGACACGUCGUCGUCGGACUCGACGGGCGCGCCGCUGCUGCCCGCGGCGCCGGCCACGUCGGCCCCGCCCACCGUCUCGGCGCCGCCCACCGCUUCGGCCCCGCCCACAUUAGAACUCAAACUGAAGGAGCCGGAGGUUAAGGUUGCCCCGUCGCCAUAUUGCGACUUCUGCCUCGGCGACGAGCGCGCGAACAAGAAGACGGGAACGCCGGAGGAGCUCGUGAGCUGCUCGGACUGCGGCCGAUCAGGUCACCCCACCUGCCUCCAGUUCACUGUCAACAUGAUGGUGUCGAUGCGCACGUACCAUUGGCAGUGCAUCGAAUGUAAAUGCUGCUCGGUUUGCGGGAACAGUGACAACGAUGACCAGCUACUGUUCUGCGAUGACUGUGACCGCGGCUACCAUAUGUACUGCCUGGCGCCGCCGCUCGAGACUCCGCCCGAAGGUUCCUGGUCGUGUGCACUCUGCAUCAAGAAGUUCAACCUCAAGAAGUGAAAUGGCCAGGCGCAUCUUGUAAUUUUAGAAUGAAGAAUAGCUGUUGAGACUCUUUGGUCUAUGAAGCAAUCGCGAUCGGAUCAGCUGAGCGGACUUUUCGUCUAUAAUAUGAUUAUAGUUGCCAUAGAUUGUAGAGUUAGUCCGGGCCGAGUGUGGUGACUAUGAGCCAUUGUACAAUUUAGCUUUAGUGCUUGUAAAUAUUACGGCUUAUGGAUAAAUACUUGAAAUCAGCUUUUGAAUAAGUAAUUUAAGUUGAAGUAUUUCUAUUUUUUAUGUUUACUUUUAAUUAACUUAAGAUUCUUUAAAGACACGUCACGUCUCCCUUAUGUGAUGGAGACAAAAAAUAAUAUUAUGCGAAUAACUAGGACACGUUAUUAAACGGGUUGCUGUAGUUUUUUACUUAAUGAAGUCAGGAAUAUAAUUGUGGCGCGAAUUCAAAAAUUCUUGCCUUGAAAUUCAAUAUAUGAAAAGGUAAAAGACGCACUAAAGAGAACUUUCUUAAUUCCCAUUAUGUGUAUGUGAUUUUUGCAUUUGUGUACGUACGUACCCAGUAAUGGUUGUUUAUGAUCGUAUUUCAUUCAGUAAGCUGGUUUUUACAAAUGACUAACGAAAGUAAAUGCUUACCAUAGCCACGAGUUUGUGAAUACAACAAUUGCGUCAUACAACAACAAUUCAGUAGUAGGUGGUGGAAUAAACUUUGUUUGUUAAUAUUCUAUUGCUUGUGGUGACAAACAAAGUGACUUUCAUCCGUACGCGCUGACCAUGUUUAUAACUCAGUUGACAGCAAACUGGACCUCUUAUAUGUGCGUACUACUUACGCAAACGAUUGCGGAAUAAAAGACGGAGAAAAUAUGAUAAAUAGAAUUUGAAAGACAAAAUUUUAUGAACGAUGCGGGAUUCGAAGCCACGACCUCCGGCGUUCCGUGCCGGUGCUCUAAACUACUGAGCUAACCGUUCGAGUACCGCCUCGUUAUAAAAUUCUGUUUGCUUUGUUCAACUCUCAGGUUGUGGCUUCAUUCUUCACGUGAGAACGGUUAAUCCUAGAAGUGAGGGUUAUCACUUUAAAAACAUAACAAAUUGUUUAGAAAAUAUUAUGUUUACCCGAUUAUUAUAGUAACAAAUUGAAGGUUAAAUUUAUACAAUAUAUUUGAACUUGCCAAUACACGAAAAUAAUGGUUACGAUUUCACGCGCGUAUGGUCGGCCACUCGUCAGUGAACCGAUGAGUUCAACCUACUUUUUUCGUCAGCGCGAGGUAACUCUACGCAGGUAGCAAUUCAUCAGCGCUGGACUGGACGCGUUCAUAUGUUUCAUAGUUAUAGCUAUGAAAUGAAAAAAAUUAAAAAUAUUUAUUUCAGUAACAAAAAUGGUACAAACAUAAUAGUGGAUGUGACCUUCUAUUAAGUGAGAAACACCUGUGCCAGAAGGCCACUAUGGUUGACCGACGUUAGCAACGACCGUCGGUCGACAAUAGUGGCACAAAUGCAGCCUUAAUAAUAUUUUUGGUCAAAAAUAUUAGCUGUAUCAACCUAUGAUGCAAAGCGUGUGGUAGGAAAUUAUUUAUAUAUGAAUUACGAAAUUAUGAAAAGUUCGACAAUCGUAACGACCUUGACGUGAGAACUAUACAUUUUGAUCUUAUUUUUUGACUGCGUGUAGUUGAAACAAACUUGGAAAUUUGGCUGGGAGCUUAUUACUGAUGUAAUUAAGUUAUAUAAUGUGUAUAGGAUAUGGAUGUCGCGGUAAAAUAGUGUAAGUGUCUAAAUACAUUCAGUUUCCAGAAUAUUAUCAGACAAGAUAUAUUAAUUUAAUACUUUAACCAUACUCGGCCUAUUAUUACUUAAGUACUACUCGUGUACAGAAAUUUUCUACCUCUAUCGGUGCUUGAUUUGUUUUGCUUGCUUCUUUUCCACUAAAUCUAGUUCUACCACUUUACGGAAGACUUUUUGUUAAAUUCACACAUGAAAGAGCAGGCUGGCAUGUAAACCGUGCAUAUUAAAUAUGUGGCGUAUGCGCGAAAACAUUAAUCAAAGUGAAAAAAGUGAUAUUUAAAUUGCCAGAGCUGUGUUUAUUUUAUAAAUAAUUAAUAUGCAUACGUAAUAGUAAAAUAUUCAUACCUAUCAUAAUCAUACAAUUGUGUAAAGUUGCCCGCAGCCGAACUCGACCGAAACUAGUAUUGAAUAAUCAGCAUUUACCUGUGAAAUGUUUCUUUAGUUGGAUUGUUGCUAUAUGUAACAACACAAUCAAAUACAGAACACGACACCAUUAUAUUUUAUAAUUAAUAUCCGUUAAAACACAGAACAAUAACGAAAAAGUUAAAACGCGGUCCAAUUUGACAGGAGACUAAUGGACACUAAAAUGUUUCAAAAUCGGUUUUCAUGUAAUCAUAAUUGGACGUAGUUAUGCAGAAAGGACUCAAACCACACUUUGGAAAUAAGUAUGUGUGUAAAAAAUGAGUUAAGUAUGCCAUCAUACUCCUGAAGGUCGAAUCUGUCAGGAAGUGAAAACCUUAUUUUUAAAAUGUCUAUACAUUACAAAACAGUUUCAGUACCUAUGUACUGAAACUGUUUUUUUAUUGGAUAUUUAUAUGGAUAAGAUUAAAGCUGAAACUUGAAAUGCCUAUAACUCAAAAGUGCCUUUGUGUGGCUUGAGUCCUUUCUGCUUAACUACGUCCAGUAAUCUCACGUUCCACAUAGGGUUCGUCUCGUAUGGUAGUACACUAAGUUUAUGGGUCUAACAUUUCGUUGAUCUUAUCUUGAGCUGUACACUGCCAAAAUUUUCUCGAAAUCUGGCUUUAUCAAGAAAAUUUUACUUGUAUAUUGCUAUAGCCACACACUUUGUUUUUUUUUGGACUUGCUAUAGCCACAGAUUAAGUAAUUCCAGUUUAUUUUAGUUGAUGUAGAGUUGAUGUCGCGGAAUUACCAAGUCCAUGUCUAUGAAGGUGAGGUAGACCUUCUUGUUUGUAGCAAUGUUAAAAUUUCGCACCAUUUAUAAACAUUGUAGAAUUUGUAAAGCUGUCGCGUGGCCUAAAUGAUGUCCCAGCUUUCGUAGGGUUAAGAGAGCACGGGAACUUAUUGUGAACGCCAUUUUUUUAAUUAUAAAUAGAGCUUUAUCUGCAGAAUGCCAAAAAAUUUGAACCGUGAUAUAAAAUAAUUCUGUAUAAUAUAUAACGUCACUAUCACGGUGAUCAUCAUUAAAGAUAAUUUAAUUUUUUAAUUUAUGGACUUGAAUGUACUAAACAUUGAACCUGGCUUUUCAGCUACAAAAAAAAACUUUUCUAAGAGACAAUUUUUAUUUGUACGUUGACUAUUAUGGAUUUCGAUAACUUGUACGUUGACUAUUAUGGAUUUCGCUAUCUUAUUUUUUUAGUUGUUAUAGGGGCAAAAGAGAAGUCAAAAUUUCAGAUAUCUAACUAUUGCAGUCUAUGUUGCCCGCUGACAGAUAGAUGGAGGGAUGCGCUAAUUUUAGCGUUUCCCUUCAAGUAUAGAAAAAAAAAUAGCUGUCACUUUGCACGGAACUUUCAGUCCAGCAGUAAUUCCGAUCGCCUUUCCAAAUGUUAGGAAUAAAAAGCACAGUCAGUUCACGAGACAAAAGUGACAUAGUAUGACUGAUGGAGUGACAUUCUUUGCGGGUGACGUGGUGCUGAUUCAUGUUUGCGUCUUUCAUAUUGCAUAUUGGUGACAUUUAGUGGGAUGUGCUUUUGCACAGUAUGCGGCCUAGACUGGUACCUACUGCAGUUCCAAAUCAAAAUCAGUUUAUUCAAGUAGGUCACGAAAAUGACACUUAUGAAUGUCAAAAAGAAGCAGUUCCUGCCUGUAAGCAGUGGUUUCAGGACCUUUAAUUUCGAUUUGAAAGGUGCCGUCACUGCGGCAAUAAUAUCUUAUGUCUCAAGGUUAUCGAAAUAAAAAAAAUACUAAAUUGGAAACAAAGCCUGUACUAUGUUCAGUCCAGAGGAGUAUAACACCACUAGUUGUAUUUACUGUGUUUUUCAAUACAGUUGGGAUGCGGUUACGAGAUUGCAUAGUGUUAAAAAUAUGACGAUUAUUCGAGAAAUUACCCAUUUUUGAUAUACAUGUAGAGAUUAAUGCAAUACUCAAUAUUAUAAAUGUGUAAGAUACAGUAACUGGCAAUAUUAACUCAAACACCAAUCAGAGUGAACCAUGUGACAACUCAAUAGACAGUGUUACAAUUUUCUUAAUGUCUGUCAACUCCGCGGCUAUGAAAGAGAGCGGCGUAUCCUAUCCGCGAUGUCAAUACGAGUACCGGUUCGUUGACUUGCUUAUCGGUACUCGUAUUUAGAUAUGUUACAUACACGAUAUCAGUUGCACGUGAUUUGGUGCACUCAUGCCACAGCACUUUGCUUUGAACUUGAAUUGAAAUCUUUUUUUUUAUCAAAUUAGUACAUUUUAAAUAUAAAUAUACAAUAUUAUGUAAUGUUUGUGACAACCCUUGCGUAUCCUUAGCUAGUCGUUAAACUAAAGUCCAGCCUAGUGCAACUCUAAAUGAAUAUGAUGAAUGAGUAUGAAACGUGCAGUCAUUGAUAGAUUAACAGAUGUCGGCUAUAAUCUUGUAAAAAGCGGAGAUAGCUGAAAUCCAUUACGUUUUAUGCAACUGUUCGCUUUAAAACUUAGCCGGACUAUACUUCGCCGCCAAUCAACAUGCUGUAAUUAUAACUAUUUCAAACUUAUGUCAAAUCACUGCACGUUUCAUACUAAACUAAAUUUCAAUUUUUACUUAGGCAAUCCCGCCUCUUAUUACGUAGUAUUUACAUCCUCUUUGCUAAAGUCGUUAAACAAAUGAGCUGGUACAAAUAUUGUGUUAGUUUCGCUAAAAGUUUUCACUGUUGAGGUGUUUCAUAACAAUUCAACUCCCUCAUAACAUUAUCUCAAUUUCUCAAUAUCCCGUUGUCUAGUUUAAAAUUAUUUAUAAUCCACUUUCUUGUCAAACGUUCCUGAUUUCGCAUUUCUAUUGUCAAACUUUAUUUCCAAUUCCAGUUAGCAUAGAAUAUGCUGAUAUAUCACACUGAUAGCUAUACCAAGCUAUUAAUACCAAUACGUCAUUACAUAGAUGGACUCAGAAAAAGAUCAUCAAAAUGACAAUCGGUCAAUAGAAUGCCAAAAGAAAACGGAUUAAAAUUCGGUCGGCAUUUUAGGACUGCGAUUUUAUAUAGAAAUUGCCGGUAUUGCAGUAUUGCGAACAAAUUUGUGAAGUUUAUGUUAAUCGGUGUUUACUUACUAAAUAUUAAUUGUGAAUAGUGUGUAUAAUAAAUGUGUAAUUAAUUGAUAAAAUGUUAGUGCAGUUUGCCGAUGAGAUAUUUUGAUGUGUAAGAUAUAGUAUUUCGUUAAAGAAUUGUGUAUUAAGCUAUUGCAAGUACAAAAUGAUCGUUUUUUUUUUUAUAAUACUGUGUUUUGUUAGUAUAGUUUGCCAUACUUUACGUGGUAAAUUAUUGCAGCUGAAUUAGAAGUGAAAAUUACUCCAGGCGUGCUGAGCAUUUAAUUUUGUAAGUAUUUAAAUACUAAUGCUCGUUUUGGAAAUAUCUGCGCGAGUCAACUAGGGUAGUAGGAUUUGCCGGAGUAAUAAAUACAUAUUUAUUUGUUGAACAAAUAAAUAAUUUGUAUUUGGUAUUAUUAACCCCGUCUAAAUGAAGUUUUCACUUCUGUAGCGGAAAGCACAUGUCAUUUUUCGUAAUUAAGUUGAAAGAUUGGCCUCGUAAUUUUAGUUUAGUAUUGUAAAAAAGUGUGUGUGUACUUAUGUACGGACGCAAGAAGUUAUACUUCCUUGGCGUAAUAAUACUUCUUUGGUGUAAUAAUACAAAAAUCUCUUUAACCUUUCCGAUCCGGGAAACAGAUCGUGCGGUAUGCCUCAACUCGGGGUGAUUUUGGCGCUCACGCAGCGUUCUGGCAAUGCGUAUUUACGUGUUUUAAUAGAUUGCUCACAAUUAUGAUGAUUUGAGUGAAUGUAUCUGAAAGCUAUUGAAACAAGCUAUAAGUCCAUGCAAAAUAAACCAUCUUAUAAACAAAAUACAUGGCGAGGGAAUAGUGUCCGUAAGCCACUCUCGGUUUUGGCGUAUCUGAAAAUUUAUUCCUCGUACUAUUUUACGUUUGUAUUGACCAAGUGAUAAAAAAAGGUAUUAAAUACAACGAAUGAAAAUAGUAUUAUAUCGCAUAUUUUAGUUAAUUUAGUCUGAAUUGUGAUACAAAUGUUCUAUUUGACCAAGUUACGUCAGGGUGUCGAAUAAUAUGGGUGUCAAGCACUGACCUCUACUAUAAACCACUGGACUGGCGUUUGUCAAAGUGCUUUUGUGCCUGUUUGAUAUUCGCCAUUUUGGCGCUGUUGGCCAUGUAGCGAGAGUCUGCGGUACUUAAACUAGUGAUGCUAAGCUCAGCAAACAUCGAUAGACGAUGGGAAACUAUUUACAAAAACAAAAUGUGUACUUUAUUAAGUUGAUUCUUGAAGUAUAAGUAAAUAACACGGAAAACGAAUACUUUAGAGUAUUGUACCUUCCUUCGCAGCCAUUUGUAUUAUACGUCAAAAUUAGUUCUCUGGUCGCUCGCGAGUGGCGCUUCAAAUAGGCACAAAGUUUUUUUUGUCAAACAUGUAAAAGUCUGUCCAGUGGUAUUUAUACAGGUCAGUUAUUAUAUCGCAUAAUUUGGUUAAUUUAGUCUGAAGUGUGGUCAAAUGGUCUAGUUGGCCAACUUACGUCAGGGUAAUUAUAUGACGGGUAUUCACGAUAUAUAUUUUAUUUCGCAUGCAAUUGGAUCAUAAUAAUUACAAUGUUAAAGUUCCGCGACCAACAUCAGGGUGUCGAAUACAGGUUUCAGGUAAAAAAUUAUCUAUUUUUUUCCCUUAUGCGUCAAAAGAAGUAUAACUUCCAAUAUAAAGAAACCAUCAUGAAACAGGGGUUUUAUUUUUUUAAUGUAUUAUGAUAAGAGCUGUGAUCAGUCAGGCGGUUGUGAUUCGAGUUGGGUAGGGUACGUGUAAGUGGAGGACGCUGUGCGUGCAUAAACGUUUUGCUUUAAGACAAUGAACAACAAUUCCAUUUUGUUUUGUAUUUUUUUACUUUACUUUUAGGCGUCAUUUUUCGUUUUAUAGUUAAUAAGAUGUAUCUGUGACUGGAUUGUAUUUAGCUAUAAGCAACUUGAGAUUUCCUUUUUCUUCUUCCAACUCUAGCAUUUUUGUUUUUUUUUUUAAUUUGCAAGGUUAACAGUUCCUUCGCUAAUUCUGGUGAUAAUAAUCUGUCUCAUUGUAUACAUUAAUUACAUAACGAUUACCAGAGCGAGAUGGGCUUGAUCGGAAAUAUCUGUUAUCACUUUUUAUUUUUAAUGUAUUUAAUUAUUGUAUGAAAAUUGAAAGCGUUACCCGUUUUUUAUUCUUAAUAUUUACUAAUAAAUUCUAUUUUAUACUAACGACUGUUGUGAUAAAUUUGAUUGGAGGUAUUCAUAAUAUCUUUAAUAUUAUUUUAUACACCGAUACGACUGAACUUAAUAGCUUAUUGGAAUAAGAACAAUUUUUUUGUAUGUAUUACAUAAUGCGAGAAGUUUGGAUUCGAAUGCUAGUUUUGGUACAGUGAAAGUUUACAUAGAGAAGAAAUUCAGAAAGCUUCGAAGAAUAUCAUUGCGGCAUGUACUAAUGAUAAGGGGCCAUCCAUAAAUAACGUCACAUGAAUUUCAUGAUUUUUUUGACCCCUCCCCCGUCCUUGCCACAGGUCACAUAUAUGAGACUCCCCCCUUACCUAGGGUUAUGUCAUAUAUUUCGCAAUAAAACAGAAAAAGUCAUGAAAUUUAACAAAAGAAAAAUAUUUGCAAGUUUAGCAGAUGUAGUUUAAAUUUAGUGUUGUAAUAGAUACUUAGUUAAUAGACAACGGCGCCUAUUUCUGCCGUGAAGCAGUAAUGUGCAAAUAUUAUUGUGUUUCGGUCUGAAGGGCUAGUGAAAUUACUGGGCAAAUGAGACUUAACAUCAUAUGUCUCAAGGUGACGAGCGCAAUUGUAGAGCCGCUCAGAAUUUUUGGGUUUUUCAAGAGUCCUGUGCGGCACGGAAUUGUUAUGAGUAGGGAGUCCCCUUAUUUUCAUUAAAAAAAGACUAUAACUUGUCUUUUAAAAAUGUGUUGUCACAGAAUUUGGGUCCUCUGCCCGCCCGGUGCCUUCUUAAUGUGUGACGUAAUUUAUGGAUGGCCACUAAAGCCUUCUAAUCCAAACUUUCAUACGUUUGGCUCAACUUACCUUAGCUGCUUGGUGUGCUUGCCAACUCCAAAACAAGACAUUUCUGCAUAAAAUAAGGUAAUGUUGGUACUGAUCGUUCUGUCUCGCUCUGCGUAUGCUGUCGCCCGCUCUGCCGUGUUGUGUAUUAUGAAUUGUUAGCUGUUAAUGUAAGUAGACGUAUUAAGAUAUUCACACGUAAUGUGUCUAUAAGUGUGGUGAAGUUAAUAAAGCGAAUGUAUAGA